AUGGACAUCUUAAAGCAGGAAAGUUGUGAAAUCAAAAGACUGAGAGAUGAAAUUGACAGUGAAAAGGACCAGCUGAAUGCAAAAUUGCUUGAGUUGGAAAAAAUGCGUGAAGAACUAGAUAGAGAGAAGAAGGAAGUGAAAGACAGGAAGGAUGAAACACUGAAAGAGAAAGAUCAGUUGGAAGAGAGGCGAUGUAAGAUAAGUAAGGAGAAAGAGGAAUUGGAUAUCAGUCUUGAACUGAUGCAAAGACAAAGGGAAGAAUUGACGAGCUUGAAGGCUGAAGCAGAAGCACAGACCGAGCCUAUGGAAAUAGACUGGAAGGAAAAGCUCACGAGGGAAAGACAACAACUUGAAGAUGUAAAGGAGGAGAUACAGAAGGAAAAAGAAGCCUUUGAGAGAAAGAAGGGAUUGACCAUGAAAGAAAGAGAUGAGUUUGAUCUGAUGAAGUCUGAAACACAGGGACAAUUGGAGGAAAUAGAACAAAACAAACAAGACAUUCGUGUGGAGAAGGAAAAGCUGGAUCAGAUCAAAGCUGAGUUAGAAAGACGGUCUGAAGACGUAAAUCAGAUCAUGGACGAGACAAGACGGGAGAGGGGGAAGGUUGAAGAACUGGCUAUCCAAACUCAAAAACAACGAGAAGAAAUGGUGGGUUUUAUGGAAAAGAACAAACAAAAGCAGAACGAACUGGAACUCAUGAAUGACAAGAUUGAAAGAGAGAAACAAGACAUCGAAGAAAGGCAGGAUGUGCUAACAAAGGAGAGAGAGGAGCUGGAACAAAUGAGGAGUGAGAUACAGCAACAGAGAGAGGAGACAGAAUCUCACAUGGAAGAUCAAAGGAAAGAGAAAGAACAUUUGGAACAAAUGACGACGGACAUGAAAAAACAGUUGCUAGAGGUGGACAAUGACAAGGAAAUGAUAGAAAGCUCAAUGGGUGAACUGAGAGUGAAAGAGGCAGAAAUGGUGAGAGAAAAAGACAACAUGGAUGACAAGAUGGCUCGGCUCAAAGAGGAAGAGGAUAGAAUGCGGGAAGAAAUAGGAAAGAAGAUGGACAUCUUAAAGCAGGAAAGUUGUGAAAUCAAAAGACUGAGAGAUGAAAUUGACAGUGAAAAGGACCAGCUGAAUGCAAAAUUGCUUGAGUUGGAAAAAAUGAGUGAAGAACUAGAUAGAGAGAAGAAGGAAGUGAAAGACAGGAAGGAUGAAACACUGAAAGAGAAAGAUCAGUUGGAAGAGAGGCGAUGUAAGAUAAGUAAGGAGAAAGAGGAAUUGGAUAUCAGUCUUGAACUGAUGAAAAUACAAAGGGAAGACUUGACGAGCUUGAAGGCUGAAGCAGAAGCACAGACCGAGCCUAUGGAAAUAGACUGGAAGGAAAAGCUCACGAGGGAAAGACAACAACUUGAAGAUGUAAAGGAGGAGAUACAGAAGGAAAAAGAAGCCUUUGAGAGAAAGAAGGGAUUGACCAUGAAAGAAAGAGAUGAGUUUGAUCUGAUGAAGUCUGAAACACAGGGACAAUUGGAGGAAAUAGAACAAAACAAACAAGACAUUCGUGUGGAGAAGGAAAAGCUGGAUCAGAUCAAAGCUGAGUUAGAAAGACGGUCUGAAGACGUAAAUCAGAUCAUGGACGAGACAAGACGGGAGAGGGGGAAGGUUGAAGAACUGGCUAUCCAAACUCAAAAACAACGAGAAGAAAUGGUGGGUUUUAUGGAAAAGAACAAACAAAAGCAGAACGAACUGGAACUCAUGAAUGACAAGAUUGAAAGAGAGAAACAAGACAUCGAAGAAAGGCAGGAUGUGCUAACAAAGGAGAGAGAGGAGCUGGAACAAAUGAGGAGUGAGAUACAGCAACAGAGAGAGGAGACAGAAUCUCACAUGGAAGAUCAAAGGAAAGAGAAAGAACAUUUGGAACAAAUGACGACGGACAUGAAAAAACAGUUGCUAGAGGUGGACAAUGACAAGGAAAUGAUAGAAAGCUCAAUGGGUGAACUGAGAGUGAAAGAGGCAGAAAUGGUGAGAGAAAAAGACAACAUGGAUGACAAGAUGGCUCGGCUCAAAGAGGAAGAGGAUAGAAUGCGGGAAGAAAUAGGAAAGAAGAUGGACAUCUUAAAGCAGGAAAGUUGUGAAAUCAAAAGACUGAGAGAUGAAAUUGACAGUGAAAAGGACCAGCUGAAUGCAAAAUUGCUUGAGUUGGAAAAAAUGCGUGAAGAACUAGAUAGAGAGAAGAAGGAAGUGAAAGACAGGAAGGAUGAAACACUGAAAGAGAAAGAUCAGUUGGAAGAGAGGCGAUGUAAGAUAAGUAAGGAGAAAGAGGAAUUGGAUAUCAGUCUUGAACUGAUGAAAAGACAAAGGGAAGACUUGACGAGCUUGAAGGCUGAAGCAGAAGCACAGACCGAGCCUAUGGAAAUAGACUGGAAGGAAAAGCUCACGAGGGAAAGACAACAACUUGAAGAUGUAAAGGAGGAGAUACAGAAGGAAAAAGAAACCUUUGAGAGAAAGAAGGGAUUGACCAUGAAAGAAAGAGAUGAGUUUGAUCUGAUGAAGUCUGAAACACAGGGACAAUUGGAGGAAAUAGAACAAAACAAACAAGACAUUCGUGUGGAGAAGGAAAAGCUGGAUCAGAUCAAAGCUGAGUUAGAAAGACGGUCUGAAGACGUAAAUCAGAUCAUGGACGAGACAAGACGGGAGAGGGGGAAGGUUGAAGAACUGGCUAUCCAAACUCAAAAACAACGAGAAGAAAUGGUGGGUUUUAUGGAAAAGAACAAACAAAAGCAGAACGAACUGGAACUCAUGAAUGACAAGAUUGAAAGAGAGAAACAAGACAUCGAAGAAAGGCAGGAUGUGCUAACAAAGGAGAGAGAGGAGCUGGAACAAAUGAGGAGUGAGAUACAGCAACAGAGAGAGGAGACAGAAUCUCACAUGGAAGAUCAAAGGAAAGAGAAAGAACAUUUGGAACAAAUGACGACGGACAUGAAAAAACAGUUGCUAGAGGUGGACAAUGACAAGGAAAUGAUAGAAAGCUCAAUGGGUGAACUGAGAGUGAAAGAGGCAGAAAUGGUGAGAGAAAAAGACAACAUGGAUGACAAGAUGGCUCGGCUCAAAGAGGAAGAGGAUAGAAUGCGGGAAGAAAUAGGAAAGAAGAUGGACAUCUUAAAGCAGGAAAGUUGUGAAAUCAAAAGACUGAGAGAUGAAAUUGACAGUGAAAAGGACCAGCUGAAUGCAAAAUUGCUUGAGUUGGAAAAAAUGCGUGAAGAACUAGAUAGAGAGAAGAAGGAAGUGAAAGACAGGAAGGAUGAAACACUGAAAGAGAAAGAUCAGUUGGAAGAGAGGCGAUGUAAGAUAAGUAAGGAGAAAGAGGAAUUGGAUAUCAGUCUUGAACUGAUGAAAAGACAAAGGGAAGACUUGACGAGCUUGAAGGCUGAAGCAGAAGCACAGACCGAGCCUAUGGAAAUAGACUGGAAGGAAAAGCUCACGAGGGAAAGACAACAACUUGAAGAUGUAAAGGAGGAGAUACAGAAGGAAAAAGAAGCCUUUGAGAGAAAGAAGGGAUUGACCAUGAAAGAAAGAGAUGAGUUUGAUCUGAUGAAGUCUGAAACACAGGGACAAUUGGAGGAAAUAGAACAAAACAAACAAGACAUUCGUGUGGAGAAGGAAAAGCUGGAUCAGAUCAAAGCUGAGUUAGAAAGACGGUCUGAAGACGUAAAUCAGAUCAUGGACGAGACAAGACGGGAGAGGGGGAAGGUUGAAGAACUGGCUAUCCAAACUCAAAAACAACGAGAAGAAAUGGUGGGUUUUAUGGAAAAGAACAAACAAAAGCAGAACGAACUGGAACUCAUGAAUGACAAGAUUGAAAGAGAGAAACAAGACAUCGAAGAAAGGCAGGAUGUGCUAACAAAGGAGAGAGAGGAGCUGGAACAAAUGAGGAGUGAGAUACAGCAACAGAGAGAGGAGACAGAAUCUCACAUGGAAGAUCAAAGGAAAGAGAAAGAACAUUUGGAACAAAUGACGACGGACAUGAAAAAACAGUUGCUAGAGGUGGACAAUGACAAGGAAAUGAUAGAAAGCUCAAUGGGUGAACUGAGAGUGAAAGAGGCAGAAAUGGUGAGAGAAAAAGACAACAUGGAUGACAAGAUGGCUCGGCUCAAAGAGGAAGAGGAUAGAAUGCGGGAAGAAAUAGGAAAGAAGAUGGACAUCUUAAAGCAGGAAAGUUGUGAAAUCAAAAGACUGAGAGAUGAAAUUGACAGUGAAAAGGACCAGCUGAAUGCAAAAUUGCUUGAGUUGGAAAAAAUGCGUGAAGAACUAGAUAGAGAGAAGAAGGAAGUGAAAGACAGGAAGGAUGAAACACUGAAAGAGAAAGAUCAGUUGGAAGAGAGGCGAUGUAAGAUAAGUAAGGAGAAAGAGGAAUUGGAUAUCAGUCUUGAACUGAUGAAAAGACAAAGGGAAGACUUGACGAGCUUGAAGGCUGAAGCAGAAGCACAGACCGAGCCUAUGGAAAUAGACUGGAAGGAAAAGCUCACGAGGGAAAGACAACAACUUGAAGAUGUAAAGGAGGAGAUACAGAAGGAAAAAGAAGCCUUUGAGAGAAAGAAGGGAUUGACCAUGAAAGAAAGAGAUGAGUUUGAUCUGAUGAAGUCUGAAACACAGGGACAAUUGGAGGAAAUAGAACAAAACAAACAAGACAUUCGUGUGGAGAAGGAAAAGCUGGAUCAGAUCAAAGCUGAGUUAGAAAGACGGUCUGAAGACGUAAAUCAGAUCAUGGACGAGACAAGACGGGAGAGGGGGAAGGUUGAAGAACUGGCUAUCCAAACUCAAAAACAACGAGAAGAAAUGGUGGGUUUUAUGGAAAAGAACAAACAAAAGCAGAACGAACUGGAACUCAUGAAUGACAAGAUUGAAAGAGAGAAACAAGACAUCGAAGAAAGGCAGGAUGUGCUAACAAAGGAGAGAGAGGAGCUGGAACAAAUGAGGAGUGAGAUACAGCAACAGAGAGAGGAGACAGAAUCUCACAUGGAAGAUCAAAGGAAAGAGAAAGAACAUUUGGAACAAAUGACGACGGACAUGAAAAAACAGUUGCUAGAGGUGGACAAUGACAAGGAAAUGAUAGAAAGCUCAAUGGGUGAACUGAGAGUGAAAGAGGCAGAAAUGGUGAGAGAAAAAGACAACAUGGAUGACAAGAUGGCUCGGCUCAAAGAGGAAGAGGAUAGAAUGCGGGAAGAAAUAGGAAAGAAGAUGGACAUCUUAAAGCAGGAAAGUUGUGAAAUCAAAAGACUGAGAGAUGAAAUUGACAGUGAAAAGGACCAGCUGAAUGCAAAAUUGCUUGAGUUGGAAAAAAUGCGUGAAGAACUAGAUAGAGAGAAGAAGGAAGUGAAAGACAGGAAGGAUGAAACACUGAAAGAGAAAGAUCAGUUGGAAGAGAGGCGAUGUAAGAUAAGUAAGGAGAAAGAGGAAUUGGAUAUCAGUCUUGAACUGAUGAAAAGACAAAGGGAAGACUUGACGAGCUUGAAGGCUGAAGCAGAAGCACAGACCGAGCCUAUGGAAAUAGACUGGAAGGAAAAGCUCACGAGGGAAAGACAACAACUUGAAGAUGUAAAGGAGGAGAUACAGAAGGAAAAAGAAGCCUUUGAGAGAAAGAAGGGAUUGACCAUGAAAGAAAGAGAUGAGUUUGAUCUGAUGAAGUCUGAAACACAGGGACAAUUGGAGGAAAUAGAACAAAACAAACAAGACAUUCGUGUGGAGAAGGAAAAGCUGGAUCAGAUCAAAGCUGAGUUAGAAAGACGGUCUGAAGACGUAAAUCAGAUCAUGGACGAGACAAGACGGGAGAGGGGGAAGGUUGAAGAACUGGCUAUCCAAACUCAAAAACAACGAGAAGAAAUGGUGGAUUUUAUGGAAAAGAACAAACAAAAGCAGAACGAACUGGAACUCAUGAAUGACAAGAUUGAAAGAGAGAAACAAGACAUCGAAGAAAGGCAGGAUGUGCUAACAAAGGAGAGAGAGGAGCUGGAACAAAUGAGGAGUGAGAUACAGCAACAGAGAGAGGAGACAGAAUCUCACAUGGAAGAUCAAAGGAAAGAGAAAGAACAUUUGGAACAAAUGACGACGGACAUGAAAAAACAGUUGCUAGAGGUGGACAAUGACAAGGAAAUGAUAGAAAGCUCAAUGGGUGAACUGAGAGUGAAAGAGGCAGAAAUGGUGAGAGAAAAAGACAACAUGGAUGACAAGAUGGCUCGGCUCAAAGAGGAAGAGGAUAGAAUGCGGGAAGAAAUAGGAAAGAAGAUGGACAUCUUAAAGCAGGAAAGUUGUGAAAUCAAAAGACUGAGAGAUGAAAUUGACAGUGAAAAGGACCAGCUGAAUGCAAAAUUGCUUGAGUUGGAAAAAAUGCGUGAAGAACUAGAUAGAGAGAAGAAGGAAGUGAAAGACAGGAAGGAUGAAACACUGAAAGAGAAAGAUCAGUUGGAAGAGAGGCGAUGUAAGAUAAGUAAGGAGAAAGAGGAAUUGGAUAUCAGUCUUGAACUGAUGAAAAGACAAAGGGAAGACUUGACGAGCUUGAAGGCUGAAGCAGAAGCACAGACCGAGCCUAUGGAAAUAGACUGGAAGGAAAAGCUCACGAGGGAAAGACAACAACUUGAAGAUGUAAAGGAGGAGAUACAGAAGGAAAAAGAAGCCUUUGAGAGAAAGAAGGGAUUGACCAUGAAAGAAAGAGAUGAGUUUGAUCUGAUGAAGUCUGAAACACAGGGACAAUUGGAGGAAAUAGAACAAAACAAACAAGACAUUCGUGUGGAGAAGGAAAAGCUGGAUCAGAUCAAAGCUGAGUUAGAAAGACGGUCUGAAGACGUAAAUCAGAUCAUGGACGAGACAAGACGGGAGAGGGGGAAGGUUGAAGAACUGGCUUUCCAAACUCAAAAACAACGAGAAGAAAUGGUGGGUUUUAUGGAAAAGAACAAACAAAAGCAGAACGAACUGGAACUCAUGAAUGACAAGAUUGAAAGAGAGAAACAAGACAUCGAAGAAAGGCAGGAUGUGCUAACAAAGGAGAGAGAGGAGCUGGAACAAAUGAGGAGUGAGAUACAGCAACAGAGAGAGGAGACAGAAUCUCACAUGGAAGAUCAAAGGAAAGAGAAAGAACAUUUGGAACAAAUGACGACGGACAUGAAAAAACAGUUGCUAGAGGUGGACAAUGACAAGGAAAUGAUAGAAAUCUCAAUGGGUGAACUGAGAGUGAAAGAGGCAGAAAUGGUGAGAGAAAAAGACAACAUGGAUGACAAGAUGGCUCGGCUCAAAGAGGAAGAGGAUAGAAUGUGGGAAGAAAUGGGAAAGAAGAUGGACAUCUUAAAGCAGGAAAGUUGUGAAAUCAAAAGACUGAGAGAUGAAAUUGACAGUGAAAAGGACCAGCUGAAUGCAAAAUUGCUUGAGUUGGAAAAAAUGAGUGAAGAACUAGAUAGAGAGAAGAAGGAAGUGAAAGACAGGAAGGAUGAAACACUGAAAGAGAAAGAUCAGUUGGAAGAGAGGCGAUGUAAGAUAAGUAAGGAGAAAGAGGAAUUGGAUAUCAGUCUUGAACUGAUGAAAAGACAAAGGGAAGACUUGACGAGCUUGAAGGCUGAAGCAGAAGCACAGACCGAGCCUAUGGAAAUAGACUGGAAGGAAAAGCUCACGAGGGAAAGACAACAACUUGAAGAUGUAAAGGAGGAGAUACAGAAGGAAAAAGAAGCCUUUGAGAGAAAGAAGGGAUUGACCAUGAAAGAAAGAGAUGAGUUUGAUCUGAUGAAGUCUGAAACACAGGGACAAUUGGAGGAAAUAGAACAAAACAAACAAGACAUUCGUGUGGAGAAGGAAAAGCUGGAUCAGAUCAAAGCUGAGUUAGAAAGACGGUCUGAAGACGUAAAUCAGAUCAUGGACGAGACAAGACGGGAGAGGGGGAAGGUUGAAGAACUGGCUUUCCAAACUCAAAAACAACGAGAAGAAAUGGUGGGUUUUAUGGAAAAGAACAAACAAAAGCAGAACGAACUGGAACUCAUGAAUGACAAGAUUGAAAGAGAGAAACAAGACAUCGAAGAAAGGCAGGAUGUGCUAACAAAGGAGAGAGAGGAGCUGGAACAAAUGAGGAGUGAGAUACAGCAACAGAGAGAGGAGACAGAAUCUCACAUGGAAGAUCAAAGGAAAGAGAAAGAACAUUUGGAACAAAUGACGACGGACAUGAAAAAACAGUUGCUAGAGGUGGACAAUGACAAGGAAAUGAUAGAAAGCUCAAUGGGUGAACUGAGAGUGAAAGAGGCAGAAAUGGUGAGAGAAAAAGACAACAUGGAUGACAAGAUGGCUCGGCUCAAAGAGGAAGAGGAUAGAAUGUGGGAAGAAAUAGGAAAGAAGAUGGACAUCUUAAAGCAGGAAAGUUGUGAAAUCAAAAGACUGAGAGAUGAAAUUGACAGUGAAAAGGACCAGCUGAAUGCAAAAUUGCUUGAGUUGGAAAAAAUGCGUGAAGAACUAGAUAGAGAGAAGAAGGAAGUGAAAGACAGGAAGGAUGAAACACUGAAAGAGAAAGAUCAGUUGGAAGAGAGGCGAUGUAAGAUAAGUAAGGAGAAAGAGGAAUUGGAUAUCAGUCUUGAACUGAUGAAAAGACAAAGGGAAGACUUGACGAGCUUGAAGGCUGAAGCAGAAGCACAGACCGAGCCUAUGGAAAUAGACUGGAAGGAAAAGCUCACGAGGGAAAGACAACAACUUGAAGAUGUAAAGGAGGAGAUACAGAAGGAAAAAGAAGCCUUUGAGAGAAAGAAGGGAUUGACCAUGAAAGAAAGAGAUGAGUUUGAUCUGAUGAAGUCUGAAACACAGGGACAAUUGGAGGAAAUAGAACAAAACAAACAAGACAUUCGUGUGGAGAAGGAAAAGCUGGAUCAGAUCAAAGCUGAGUUAGAAAGACGGUCUGAAGACGUAAAUCCGAUCAUGGACGAGACAAGAUGGGAGAGGGGGAAGGUUGAAGAACUGGCUUUCCAAACUCAAAAACAACGAGAAGAAAUGGUGGGUUUUAUGGAAAAGAACAAACAAAAGCAGAACGAACUGGAACUCAUGAAUGACAAGAUUGAAAGAGAGAAACAAGACAUCGAAGAAAGGCAGGAUGUGCUAACAAAGGAGAGAGAGGAGCUGGAACAAAUGAGGAGUGAGAUACAGCAACAGAGAGAGGAGACAGAAUCUCACAUGGAAGAUCAAAGGAAAGAGAAAGAACAUUUGGAACAAAUGACGACGGACAUGAAAAAACAGUUGCUAGAGGUGGACAAUGACAAGGAAAUGAUAGAAAUCUCAAUGGGUGAACUGAGAGUGAAAGAGGCAGAAAUGGUGAGAGAAAAAGACAACAUGGAUGACAAGAUGGCUCGGCUCAAAGAGGAAGAGGAUAGAAUGUGGGAAGAAAUGGGAAAGAAGAUGGACAUCUUAAAGCAGGAAAGUUGUGAAAUCAAAAGACUGAGAGAUGAAAUUGACAGUGAAAAGGACCAGCUGAAUGCAAAAUUGCUUGAGUUGGAAAAAAUGAGUGAAGAACUAGAUAGAGAGAAGAAGGAAGUGAAAGACAGGAAGGAUGAAACACUGAAAGAGAAAGAUCAGUUGGAAGAGAGGCGAUGUAAGAUAAGUAAGGAGAAAGAGGAAUUGGAUAUCAGUCUUGAACUGAUGAAAAGACAAAGGGAAGACUUGACGAGCUUGAAGGCUGAAGCAGAAGCACAGACCGAGCCUAUGGAAAUAGACUGGAAGGAAAAGCUCACGAGGGAAAGACAACAACUUGAAGAUGUAAAGGAGGAGAUACAGAAGGAAAAAGAAGCCUUUGAGAGAAAGAAGGGAUUGACCAUGAAAGAAAGAGAUGAGUUUGAUCUGAUGAAGUCUGAAACACAGGGACAAUUGGAGGAAAUAGAACAAAACAAACAAGACAUUCGUGUGGAGAAGGAAAAGCUGGAUCAGAUCAAAGCUGAGUUAGAAAGACGGUCUGAAGACGUAAAUCAGAUCAUGGAUGAGACAAGACGGGAGAGGGGGAAGGUUGAAGAACUGGCUUUCCAAACUCAAAAACAACGAGAAGAAAUGGUGGGUUUUAUGGAAAAGAACAAACAAAAGCAGAACGAACUGGAACUCAUGAAUGACAAGAUUGAAAGAGAGAAACAAGACAUCGAAGAAAGGCAGGAUGUGCUAACAAAGGAGAGAGAGGAGCUGGAACAAAUGAGGAGUGAGAUACAGCAACAGAGAGAGGAGACAGAAUCUCACAUGGAAGAUCAAAGGAAAGAGAAAGAACAUUUGGAACAAAUGACGACGGACAUGAAAAAACAGUUGCUAGAGGUGGACAAUGACAAGGAAAUGAUAGAAAGCUCAAUGGGUGAACUGAGAGUGAAAGAGGCAGAAAUGGUGAGAGAAAAAGACAACAUGGAUGACAAGAUGGCUCGGCUCAAAGAGGAAGAGGAUAGAAUGCGGGAAGAAAUAGGAAAGAAGAUGGACAUCUUAAAGCAGGAAAGUUGUGAAAUCAAAAGACUGAGAGAUGAAAUUGACAGUGAAAAGGACCAGCUGAAUGCAAAAUUGCUUGAGUUGGAAAAAAUGCGUGAAGAACUAGAUAGAGAGAAGAAGGAAGUGAAAGACAGGAAGGAUGAAACACUGAAAGAGAAAGAUCAGUUGGAAGAGAGGCGAUGUAAGAUAAGUAAGGAGAAAGAGGAAUUGGAUAUCAGUCUUGAACUGAUGAAAAGACAAAGGGAAGACUUGACGAGCUUGAAGGCUGAAGCAGAAGCACAGACCGAGCCUAUGGAAAUAGACUGGAAGGAAAAGCUCACGAGGGAAAGACAACAACUUGAAGAUGUAAAGGAGGAGAUACAGAAGGAAAAAGAAGCCUUUGAGAGAAAGAAGGGAUUGACCAUGAAAGAAAGAGAUGAGUUUGAUCUGAUGAAGUCUGAAACACAGGGACAAUUGGAGGAAAUAGAACAAAACAAACAAGACAUUCGUGUGGAGAAGGAAAAGCUGGAUCAGAUCAAAGCUGAGUUAGAAAGACGGUCUGAAGACGUAAAUCAGAUCAUGGACGAGACAAGACGGGAGAGGGGGAAGGUUGAAGAACUGGCUUUCCAAACUCAAAAACAACGAGAAGAAAUGGUGGGUUUUAUGGAAAAGAACAAACAAAAGCAGAACGAACUGGAACUCAUGAAUGACAAGAUUGAAAGAGAGAAACAAGACAUCGAAGAAAGGCAGGAUGUGCUAACAAAGGAGAGAGAGGAGCUGGAACAAAUGAGGAGUGAGAUACAGCAACAGAGAGAGGAGACAGAAUCUCACAUGGAAGAUCAAAGGAAAGAGAAAGAACAUUUGGAACAAAUGACGACGGACAUGAAAAAACAGUUGCUAGAGGUGGACAAUGACAAGGAAAUGAUAGAAAGCUCAAUGGGUGAACUGAGAGUGAAAGAGGCAGAAAUGGUGAGAGAAAAAGACAACAUGGAUGACAAGAUGGCUCGGCUCAAAGAGGAAGAGGAUAGAAUGCGGGAAGAAAUAGGAAAGAAGAUGGACAUCUUAAAGCAGGAAAGUUGUGAAAUCAAAAGACUGAGAGAUGAAAUUGACAGUGAAAAGGACCAGCUGAAUGCAAAAUUGCUUGAGUUGGAAAAAAUGCGUGAAGAACUAGAUAGAGAGAAGAAGGAAGUGAAAGACAGGAAGGAUGAAACACUGAAAGAGAAAGAUCAGUUGGAAGAGAGGCGAUGUAAGAUAAGUAAGGAGAAAGAGGAAUUGGAUAUCAGUCUUGAACUGAUGAAAAGACAAAGGGAAGACUUGACGAGCUUGAAGGCUGAAGCAGAAGCACAGACCGAGCCUAUGGAAAUAGACUGGAAGGAAAAGCUCACGAGGGAAAGACAACAACUUGAAGAUGUAAAGGAGGAGAUACAGAAGGAAAAAGAAGCCUUUGAGAGAAAGAAGGGAUUGACCAUGAAAGAAAGAGAUGAGUUUGAUCUGAUGAAGUCUGAAACACAGGGACAAUUGGAGGAAAUAGAACAAAACAAACAAGACAUUCGUGUGGAGAAGGAAAAGCUGGAUCAGAUCAAAGCUGAGUUAGAAAGACGGUCUGAAGACGUAAAUCAGAUCAUGGACGAGACAAGACGGGAGAGGGGGAAGGUUGAAGAACUGGCUUUCCAAACUCAAAAACAACGAGAAGAAAUGGUGGGUUUUAUGGAAAAGAACAAACAAAAGCAGAACGAACUGGAACUCAUGAAUGACAAGAUUGAAAGAGAGAAACAAGACAUCGAAGAAAGGCAGGAUGUGCUAACAAAGGAGAGAGAGGAGCUGGAACAAAUGAGGAGUGAGAUACAGCAACAGAGAGAGGAGACAGAAUCUCACAUGGAAGAUCAAAGGAAAGAGAAAGAACAUUUGGAACAAAUGACGACGGACAUGAAAAAACAGUUGCUAGAGGUGGACAAUGACAAGGAAAUGAUAGAAAUCUCAAUGGGUGAACUGAGAGUGAAAGAGGCAGAAAUGGUGAGAGAAAAAGACAACAUGGAUGACAAGAUGGCUCGGCUCAAAGAGGAAGAGGAUAGAAUGUGGGAAGAAAUGGGAAAGAAGAUGGACAUCUUAAAGCAGGAAAGUUGUGAAAUCAAAAGACUGAGAGAUGAAAUUGACAGUGAAAAGGACCAGCUGAAUGCAAAAUUGCUUGAGUUGGAAAAAAUGCGUGAAGAACUAGAUAGAGAGAAGAAGGAAGUGAAAGACAGGAAGGAUGAAACACUGAAAGAGAAAGAUCAGUUGGAAGAGAGGCGAUGUAAGAUAAGUAAGGAGAAAGAGGAAUUGGAUAUCAGUCUUGAACUGAUGAAAAGACAAAGGGAAGACUUGACGAGCUUGAAGGCUGAAGCAGAAGCACAGACCGAGCCUAUGGAAAUAGACUGGAAGGAAAAGCUCACGAGGGAAAGACAACAACUUGAAGAUGUAAAGGAGGAGAUACAGAAGGAAAAAGAAGCCUUUGAGAGAAAGAAGGGAUUGACCAUGAAAGAAAGAGAUGAGUUUGAUCUGAUGAAGUCUGAAACACAGGGACAAUUGGAGGAAAUAGAACAAAACAAACAAGACAUUCGUGUGGAGAAGGAAAAGCUGGAUCAGAUCAAAGCUGAGUUAGAAAGACGGUCUGAAGACGUAAAUCAGAUCAUGGACGAGACAAGACGGGAGAGGGGGAAGGUUGAAGAACUGGCUUUCCAAACUCAAAAACAACGAGAAGAAAUGGUGGGUUUUAUGGAAAAGAACAAACAAAAGCAGAACGAACUGGAACUCAUGAAUGACAAGAUUGAAAGAGAGAAACAAGACAUCGAAGAAAGGCAGGAUGUGCUAACAAAGGAGAGAGAGGAGCUGGAACAAAUGAGGAGUGAGAUACAGCAACAGAGAGAGGAGACAGAAUCUCACAUGGAAGAUCAAAGGAAAGAGAAAGAACAUUUGGAACAAAUGACGACGGACAUGAAAAAACAGUUGCUAGAGGUGGACAAUGACAAGGAAAUGAUAGAAAUCUCAAUGGGUGAACUGAGAGUGAAAGAGGCAGAAAUGGUGAGAGAAAAAGACAACAUGGAUGACAAGAUGGCUCGGCUCAAAGAGGAAGAGGAUAGAAUGCGGGAAGAAAUAGGAAAGAAGAUGGACAUCUUAAAGCAGGAAAGUUGUGAAAUCAAAAGACUGAGAGAUGAAAUUGACAGUGAAAAGGACCAGCUGAAUGCAAAAUUGCUUGAGUUGGAAAAAAUGAGUGAAGAACUAGAUAGAGAGAAGAAGGAAGUGAAAGACAGGAAGGAUGAAACACUGAAAGAGAAAGAUCAGUUGGAAGAGAGGCGAUGUAAGAUAAGUAAGGAGAAAGAGGAAUUGGAUAUCAGUCUUGAACUGAUGAAAAGACAAAGGGAAGACUUGACGAGCUUGAAGGCUGAAGCAGAAGCACAGACCGAGCCUAUGGAAAUAGACUGGAAGGAAAAGCUCACGAGGGAAAGACAACAACUUGAAGAUGUAAAGGAGGAGAUACAGAAGGAAAAAGAAGCCUUUGAGAGAAAGAAGGGAUUGACCAUGAAAGAAAGAGAUGAGUUUGAUCUGAUGAAGUCUGAAACACAGGGACAAUUGGAGGAAAUAGAACAAAACAAACAAGACAUUCGUGUGGAGAAGGAAAAGCUGGAUCAGAUCAAAGCUGAGUUAGAAAGACGGUCUGAAGACGUAAAUCAGAUCAUGGACGAGACAAGACGGGAGAGGGGGAAGGUUGAAGAACUGGCUUUCCAAACUCAAAAACAACGAGAAGAAAUGGUGGGUUUUAUGGAAAAGAACAAACAAAAGCAGAACGAACUGGAACUCAUGAAUGACAAGAUUGAAAGAGAGAAACAAGACAUCGAAGAAAGGCAGGAUGUGCUAACAAAGGAGAGAGAGGAGCUGGAACAAAUGAGGAGUGAGAUACAGCAACAGAGAGAGGAGACAGAAUCUCACAUGGAAGAUCAAAGGAAAGAGAAAGAACAUUUGGAACAAAUGACGACGGACAUGAAAAAACAGUUGCUAGAGGUGGACAAUGACAAGGAAAUGAUAGAAAGCUCAAUGGGUGAACUGAGAGUGAAAGAGGCAGAAAUGGUGAGAGAAAAAGACAACAUGGAUGACAAGAUGGCUCGCUCAAAGAGGAAGAGGAUAGAAUGCGGGAAGAAAUAGGAAAGAAGAUGGACAUCUUAAAGCAGGAAAGUUGUGAAAUCAAAAGACUGAGAGAUGAAAUUGACAGUGAAAAGGACCAGCUGAAUGCAAAAUUGCUUGAGUUGGAAAAAAUGCGUGAAGAACUAGAUAGAGAGAAGAAGGAAGUGAAAGACAGGAAGGAUGAAACACUGAAAGAGAAAGAUCAGUUGGAAGAGAGGCGAUGUAAGAUAAGUAAGGAGAAAGAGGAAUUGGAUAUCAGUCUUGAACUGAUGAAAAGACAAAGGGAAGACUUGACGAGCUUGAAGGCUGAAGCAGAAGCACAGACCGAGCCUAUGGAAAUAGACUGGAAGGAAAAGCUCACGAGGGAAAGACAACAACUUGAAGAUGUAAAGGAGGAGAUACAGAAGGAAAAAGAAGCCUUUGAGAGAAAGAAGGGAUUGACCAUGAAAGAAAGAGAUGAGUUUGAUCUGAUGAAGUCUGAAACACAGGGACAAUUGGAGGAAAUAGAACAAAACAAACAAGACAUUCGUGUGGAGAAGGAAAAGCUGGAUCAGAUCAAAGCUGAGUUAGAAAGACGGUCUGAAGACGUAAAUCAGAUCAUGGACGAGACAAGACGGGAGAGGGGGAAGGUUGAAGAACUGGCUUUCCAAACUCAAAAACAACGAGAAGAAAUGGUGGGUUUUAUGGAAAAGAACAAACAAAAGCAGAACGAACUGGAACUCAUGAAUGACAAGAUUGAAAGAGAGAAACAAGACAUCGAAGAAAGGCAGGAUGUGCUAACAAAGGAGAGAGAGGAGCUGGAACAAAUGAGGAGUGAGAUACAGCAACAGAGAGAGGAGACAGAAUCUCACAUGGAA